AUGGCUUCUCUCGCGCUGGGCCAGUGCCCCUUUGCCAACAACAACAAGCUCCGGACGAGGCAGGAAGGAAGCGAAAGCGACGGCUCCCGCGCCCACGUCCAGGGCAAUGAUGUGGUGGACGGCGAUGUCUAUAUGACGUCAGAUGUCGGAGGUCCGUUUACCGACCAGCGCAGCUUGAGGGUGGGCGACCGGGGCCCGACGCUCCUGGAGGAUUUUGUGUUUCGUCAAAAGAUUACUCAUUUUGAUCACGAGCGGGUUCCUGAACGCGCUGUCCACGCCCGAGGCGCCGGUGCCUACGGCAAAUUCGUCAGCUACGGCGACUUUAGCAACAUCACCGCCGCCAGCUUCCUCAACACCGAGGGCAAGGAGACUCCGGUUUUCGUGCGCUUCUCCACCGUCCUCGGAUCGAGGGGUAGCCCCGAUACCGUCCGCGAUGUGCACGGUUUCGCGACACGAUUCUACACCGACGAGGGCAAUUGGGAUCUCGUGGGCAACAACAUUCCCGUCUUCUUCAUCCAAGAUGCCAUUCAGUUUCCCGACCUGAUUCACGCCGGCAAGCCCAAGCCCGACAGGGAGAUUCCUCAGGCCGGCACCGCCCACGAUUCCGCCUGGGACUUUUUCAGCCAGCAGACCACCUCUCUCCACACCCUUUUCUUUGCCAUGUCAGGUUUCGGUAUCCCCGCAGUUACAGGCACAUGGACGGCUUCGGCGUCAACACCUACCGCUUCGUCACCGACGAGGGCGUCUCAAGCUCGUAAAGUUCCACUGGAAGACUCUCCAGGGCAAGGCCGCGCUCCUGUGGGAAGAGGCCCAGGUCGCCGCCGGCACGGACAUCGACUUCCACCGCGAGGACCUCUGGCAAAACAUCGACGCCGGCAACGCCCCGAGUGGGAGCUCGCCGUGCAGCUCAUCGACGAGGACAAGGCCCAGGCCUACGGCUUCGACGUCCUCGACCCUACAAAGAUUGUCCCCGAGGAGAUUGCGCCGCUCAAGAAGCUCGGAAAGAUGACGCUGGACACGAAUCCCCGCAAUUACUUUGCCGAGACUGAGCAAAUCAUGUUCCAACCCGGUCACAUUGUGCGCGGAAUUGAUUUCAGCGAGGACCCUCUGCUCCAGGGACGCAUCUUCUCUUACCUCGACACCCAAAUCAACCGCCACGGCGGCCCCAACUUUGAGCAGAUCCCCAUCAACAGGCCCAUCGUCCCCGUGCACAACAACAACCGUGAUGGCGCGGCACAAAUGAUGAUACACCGAAACCCUAUCCACUACACGCCCAACUCCCUCAACAGCGACAAGCCCAUGCAAGCCAACAAGACCCACGGCCGCGGCUUCUUCACCACGCCCGGCCGCCACGCCGAGGGCCCCUACGUCCGCACCGACCCAGACUCCUUCGCCGACCACUGGUCCCAGCCCCGCCUCUUCUACAACUCCCUCACCCCGGCCGAGAAGCAGCAGGUCAUUGACGGCAUGCGCUUCGAGACCAGCAAGAUCCAGUCCGACACCGUCAAGAAGAACGUGCUCCAGCAGCUCAACAAGGUGAGCAACGACGUGGCCGCCCGCGUGGCCGUCGCCCUCGGCCUCGAGAUCCCCGCGCCCGAUCCGACCUACUACCACGACAACACCACGGCGGGCUUCAACUUCCUCAAGGACCCCCUCCCCACCAUUGCCGGUCUCAAGGUGGGCGUCCUCGCCAGCGUCGAUGCCGCGAGAUCCCUCUCGCAGGCUGCCGAGCUCAAGUCCAAGCUCGACGGCGAGGGCGUCACCGUCAUCGUCGUCGCCGAGAGGAUGGCCGAGGGCGUCGACGCCACGUAUACCUCUAUCCGCUCCAACGCCUUUGACGGCCUCGUUGUCGCCGAGGGCGCCGAGAAGCUCUUUAACCGCAAGGUCCCGGUCGCCGCCAUUGGGUCCGCCUCCGCGGCGUUUGAGAAUAGCCUCGUGGAGGACGGCCCUGGCGUGUACAAGCACAAUGACACUUCCUCCGUGGUGGAUUCGUUAAAGGAGGGUCUCAAGACGUUCAAACUCACCGCCGCGCGAAUCCUCACGUAUGGCUACGACGCAUACGGGGCCAAACUUUCGGUCGUAUCAUCGAACCGGCUCAUCGAUCACGCGACAAACCUUCUGAACGACUUGACGACGGAAAGGUCCUCGGCGGGCGCGGCAUCUCGCCCUCUCAUAUUCGUGGCUCAUAGCCUCGGCGGUCUUGUCUGCAAGGAGGCCAUCUUACUCUCGCGGAACCACCCCGAGGCUCACCUUCGGGGCAUAUUCGAUUCUGUAAGAGGAGUCAUUUUCAUGGGGACUCCUCAUAAGGGAUCCUGGAUGGCCGACUGGGCAAAGAUACCAAUCUCGGCUCUUGGCCUUGUCAAGUCCACAAACGGGUUUCUCUUGGACGUCUUAAAGUCAGAUAAUCAGUAUCUUGAGUCCCUUCAAGUGAGAUUCUGGUCAAUGACACGGGAAUUGAGAGAGGCCGGGAGGGCUUUCGAAGUCACAUGCUUCUUUGAAGAACUGCCCAUGUCUGUGGUCGGGGAAGUCGUGUCAAAGGAAUCAGCGACCCUCGAGGGCUAUAGCUCCUUUAGCAUCCACGCCAACCAUAGUGAUAUGGUUAGGUUUGCGUCGGCGGAAGAGAAUGGAUUCAAGCGACUAGUUGGCGAGCUCACCAGGCCGGUUGGCGCCUCCUUCAACAAUUAUGGAACCGGAAGCCAGUUCACCAAUAUAAACGGCGCUCAAUAUAACAACACAGGCAUUUGGGCUCUCUAG